UCCAAAACCACGAUUCAAAAUCGGAAGAAAUUGGAAACAGGAAACACGCGCGCGCGCCCGAGCGUAUCUGCUUCCGAAAAAGCAGGACAUUUCCCAUAAAGAUGCUCCAAGCUCCGAAGGUGGACCCGGAGAUGAGGAUUCUUGCCCCGAUGAGUUGGAGAAGUUGGAGGCCGAUGUGAAACAAAUGGCGCAAGAGAUUAUGGAACGCCGAUCUACUCUUCCGGAGCAGUUUAAGAGCACACUCGCGUCGGUUCUUGCCGCGCAGAGACCCCUUGUUCCGGAAUUUUCAGAUAUAGGACAACCCGAAGCUCCCAACUCAGUUGCAUCAGAACAAGACAUUUUGUUCAGGCAGAAACUAUCUGACGUGGGGGACCCAGAAACUGCCAAGAAAGUGCAGUUGCUGAAAGAAAAGAUAUCAAGUAAUGCCUGUAUCAUGCCAGUUGUUUUGAAGAGGAUGAAAGACUGUAUGGCGAGAAUAGAGAAGUUAGAUUCAUGCAAUGUAAUCAUACAUCCAGCAUUUAAAGGGAAAAAGAACUAAAGGAGCCUGUUGUAUCAUACUUAAGUUACUUGUAUAAAUAUUAACAUGAAGAUUUGUAUUCCCACAUUGUUCAGAUUUGAAGACAAUGGGAUGGGCUGAAGAUAUGCCUUUACUUAAUUCCUUAAGAUAACUCCCGCA